UCUGUGGCCGCCCUGGUGGCACUUCCCUGCUCCUGGGCAAAGGUGUUCGAGAAAUGCGAGCUGGCACGGGAGCUUCUCUAUGUGCACGGAUUCCCCGAAGACCAGAUAACCGCAGUAGCGCGCGCAUCAAGGCACCCUAGUCAAAGCGACGCUCCGCCCGUGUUCUCAAUGGAAUCAGCCGGCUGGGUGUGCAUCGCCGAGCAUGAGAGCCUCUUCAACAGCAGCGCAGUCGGCCACAUGAACUGGGACGGCAGCGCAGACCACGGUCUCUUCCAGAUCAACGACCGGUACUGGUGCAGCCCGCCUGGACCUAAGAACGAAUGCUACAUUGACUGCGCCGACCUCGAGGAUGACGACAUAACUGACGACGUUGAAUGCGUGCGCCUCAUUUAUAAGAGGCACGGAUUCUCCGCCUGGUAA